CAACAACUAGGACGUUAUAAAGAUGGACUGGCACAGUUAGGUGGUGAAACAGCGACGCCCAGCGGUGAAUGUGAGUAACUGCACCGAAAAGUUUCAUUAUUUCUUUUUAAUUUAUUAUUAUUAUUAUUAUUAUUAUUAUUAUUAUUAUUGAUAUAAAUUAUAUUAAUAAUAAUACAAAUUAUUAUGAUUAAAAAUGAUUUGUGCAGCCCAGGGAAUAUCAAUCAAACUAUAGACUUCUUAUAGACACUUCUUCCUACGCCUUUCUGUUUCUUUUGUUAUUAUGUUUGCUCAAAAUCAAGUCAUUCAUUUCAACCUGUGUUGCUUCAAUAUAUACUUUAUUCCCCUAUAUACAAUAUUUCUUGUUGCUCUUGAGGGAAAAUCAGUCAGACUGGUGUUGGUAUAGUCAUUUUGAGAGCGGCUUUUAUUUGUGAAUGAACUCCUCAUUAAUGUUUCACACUUCUCCAUGAAUGUCAUCCAAUAAAAUAUUAAUUGGGACAAAUAAGAAAUUAGAUGGAUAUAAUGUGCUCUUUCUGAUGAUUUUAUCAUGAUCAUUAAUAUUUUAUUUAUAUUAUUUUUUAUAAAUAUUAUUAUUAUUAUUAUAUAUAAUUAUUAUAUUAUUUGUAUUUUAUAUUAUCUUAUAUAAUUUUAAAAAAUAUUUCUAAUAUUUUUAAAUUACUGCCAUAUACACUUAUUAAAAUACUUUUAGUUUCUUUAUUUGCUGCUUUAUAUAAAUGCUGUUUGGUUUUUAUAUCUGCAGCUCAGAACAUAUCUUUUAUCUGAGCAAAAUUUAACACUCACAAAAGUCAAUUUUAUUGCAGAAAACACCCGCACAUUAAAACCAUUCCACGCACUCAACCCUUCAUAUAUGUAGCCUCAACUCUACAAGAUACUCAUCUGAACUGCUGAGUCAUUUUUUUUCCUAUGUAGUGUUUUAUUUAUCCGUUAAACCUCUGGAAUAUUUCUACUCUAACAGUUGUGCACUGCUUAAUAAGAUGAGGAAAUGAAAGCUGCUCUUUACUCCCAGUGUUGAGUUCCCUGUGUUGUCCUCUAGAGGGCGACGUUCAAUUACAACUUCUCAUGUCAGGCUGAAAACAAGACACUCAGAGGGAGGAGGUGUUUACACAAACAUCACAGAGGAGGCUCAAGUCCAGGACGGAGAUAGUUUAGAAAUGCCAUCAGCUCUUUGUAACAGGUGGUGGACUGUAUAUGUUUGGUUUCCCUCCUUUGUCCUCCUCCAUUUAUUUUUGGCUAGAAACAAACAGUGUGAUGGUGCCUUUCUGUAUGAAAAGCUCGUCAUAACUUUUAGUUGAGGGAACACCUAGAAGAUUUUUCUUUCAGCCACACACAGUGCAGUCUCAUGUUUGUGCAUCAUUUUGAAAGAAAAAAUGUCUUACAGAUUAUUUAACCCCCCCAAAAAAUCAAUUUACAACAACGUUUGUUACAUGAAAGUAAGUUUUGCGCACAUAUUUCUUACAAAGAUCAAAAGAGUAACUGCUUUAAACAUUAGUCUUCAGACAUGUAUCCAUUACUAAUGAUGCACCUGCUGUAAGAAAACAAAACUCUGUCAGAAAAACUGUUUUUAAUGACAAACAAAUUGACAGAUUAGCCUUCACCUCACACACAGAGAUGCACUGGAUGAUACGGGUGUUUAUGAGUUUAUUGUUUUAUUGUCUCCACGCAGCGAAGCCCCCAAAGAAAAGAGAAAAAUACAGAAAGUGGUUAAAGGAGAACUCGGGCGCCCAGAUGUCAUAUUAAUUAUUACACUCAGCUAUGACUGGAAAGCCCCUCGAGUAAAAGGAGCGCCUCUGGACGACCAGCAGCAGCAGCAGCAGCAGCAGCAGAGAGGGACAGAGUCCUCACAAAGCGCUAAUUGGACUCUGGAAGAACACUGACAGGGCAUGGAUAGGUUUCAGAAAGCCGGGCGGUGGUGAAGGGGUGCAGGGGGAGGCUGAAUAGAACCCACGCUUCUUUUCUAAACUCUCUUGCUGGGCCCAAAAAAGGGCGAGAGGGAGAGAAGGGGAGAGAGUAAGGGGGGAGGGAAAGAAAAGAAAGUAUUGGUGGUGGAGGUGGGGGCAGUGGGUUGGGCUGGGAGGGGGGGGGCUCCUCAAUGCAAGCUUGAUUUUGAAUGCCACAUCUAACGCAGAAAAAUUGCACAAUUUAUUACAAUCCUCUCUUCAGGAUGCGCAUGCACAGGACGCACGCGCACAGAAAUAAAGAAACAGAGGAGGGGAGGGGGCGUGGACAGGGUUUAUUUGCACACACACACACACACACACACACACACACUGAAACUGGGUAUACGCACGCACGGAAUGACACAAACACCAACAGAGAAGAACGCCGUGCGUAAAAAAGUGAAACGCACAAGCUGAGAAACAAUCUUAAUUCUGGUUUCUCUCCGGAUUACUGCACAAGUUUACAUGCACCACACGUGCACGCGCAAACACACGCUCACACGGACAAAUUGGUUUUAUGUACGCGUGGAAAGAAACAAACAGGGAUGGAGGAAAAACAACGCGUAAAAGUAAAUAAUUACGCACGAACUAAGAUUUAAGAAAACCACGAAUCUGAUUUCUCUUCGUGUUAUUACAGUUUAAGACACCGCACGUGCACGCACAUAUGGAGAAAUCAAACACAUGCACGCGUAGAUAGAGUCAAACACAAAUAGAGAGGAGAACCAUGCGUAAAGUAAAAAAUGCGCAUAAACUGAGAUUUAACAAAAUCCUGAAUCUGAUUUCUCUUAGUGUUAUUGCAGUUUCAGGCACCGCACACGCACGCGCAAACACAGAAAUUGACGCGUGGAAAGACAAGACAACCAAACACAGAGAAGAACUCGCACGCGCAAACACGCACAUUGAGACAUUAUUUGCACGCACGCGUGGAGACUCACGCAAACACGGAUGAAGAACAACGCCAUGCGGGAAAACUUAAAAAAUACGCACAAAGUAAAAAAAAUUACGCACAGUCAGAACAAUACAAUCUGGUUCCUCUCUGUCUUACUGCGCGUACACACACUGCACAUGCACGCGCAAACACACGCACACGGAGGCAGAUAGGGUAAUACAGUUUGUCUUGGUUUUGUUCCGCGCUGAAAGACGUGUUUUAUCAUCCUGCACUUUCCAAAGCGACAACAAUCGACAGAACACACCGCGUCCGCGCCACUGUAACCAUACCGGGUGUAUCCAAUCACACACAAAGCCUCCUCCGAGCUGCUUCUUAGGGCCCCUCUGCUGAUUUGCGCCCCACCGUUCCGCCUGUGCGCGGCUGAUGAUCUGCUCUAAUCAAAGUGGAAAAUUCGGCCUCUGAUGCACAAUGGCUCCUCAAAUGAGCGGCAUUCAGACGCGUCUGUACCGCGAACAAUAAAACUAGACUGCGUUUGAGUUGAAACGACAGCGAGCCGCUGAUUUACAUGCAGAGCUCUCAGAUAAAGUCCAGAGUGAGGGGCGUUAUGCGAGCUGUAAAUCUGGAGAGCUGUCUUUCAGCACCGCAGUUUGGUCCAGAGCUGCGAGAGAAAACAAAAGAAUAACAAAUAUUUUACCUCUUAAACUGAAUUAUUUUAUGAGUUAUAUUUUCCCCCGCAUGUGUCUGAACAUUUUAAAACCCUGUAACUCUGGAGAUCCGGAUAAAACUACAUCUGUUCUCCCCGUUCUUUUCUUUAAAAUAAGCAGACUGGAUGUUGGAUGUUUUUGGAUUGUUUUAAUGUCACCUGCUGACACUUUCGAAACAUCACUGACAAAUAAAAGUGCGUCAGUUCAGUGAAACACAAGAGAAUGUCCUCACACUUAACUUUACAAGAAGGGACGUGACUUUACAGGACAGGCUGAUUUUUCUUGACAUCUGAUCUCCAAAAAUAAAGACAAUAAAAUGGAAAAUGUAUCUACUAAAAGUUGCAAAACAAAAAUGAUUUAAAAGAAAGCACGAACAAGUUGUUUUCCAGUAUAACAGAACUUUAAGUAUUUCCUGUUUGUGUCCUAAACGGGACUCUGAGUUGGAAACUUUCCUCUCGCUCAGCCACACACCUCUCUGACACCCGUAAUAGAUAGAAAGAAAAAAAAACCUCACCACUGACUGUUUGUUUAGUGCUUCAAGUGGCACGCGUCCGGCGCGCGCAACGCACCGGCACCGGGGCAGGAGCCCAAGGUGAAUCCACGCGACCGGAGGGCGUGGCCAGUCCCCCAUCCAAACGUAUUGAAAAGCAGUGGCUUCUUUCCUCGAGGACUCAGAGCAGCUUUGAGGAGCGCGUGAGGCAGCAGCCCAGCGGACUGCCCCCACUGAAGCAAGUGCGCAUCAAACGGCCCACACCACGUGAACGGCACGAGCGGGACGCACCGCCGCGAGACUUGGUGAUUUCUUUAUAAGUUUGUUCUUUUUUUAACUGGGAAUGGACCUCACAGCCAAGAUGGAAAUUAACGUCAGCCAGCAGCAGCUGAUGCCGCCCGCGUGUUUCUUUUCCGCCGCCGCGGCGGCGCAGAGCAUCCAGCUGAGCCCGAGCGGCAGCAGCCAGGGCAGCGGGAAGUCUGUGUCCAAGCAGCCCAAGAGGCAGCGCUCCUCCUCCCCGGAGCUGCUGCGCUGCAAGCGGAGACUCAAUUUCGCGGGUUUCGGCUACAGCCUCCCGCAGCAGCAGCCGCACGCGGUGGCCCGGAGAAACGAGAGGGAGAGGAACCGCGUCAAACUGGUCAACAACGGGUUCGCCACCCUGCGGGAGCACGUCCCCAACGGCGCCGCCAACAAGAAGAUGAGCAAGGUGGAGACGCUGCGCUCAGCCGUGGAGUACAUCCGCGCCCUGCAGCAGCUGCUGGAUGAGCACGACGCGGUAAGCGCGGCGUUUCAGUCCGGCGUCCUGUCGCCUACCAUGUCGCAGGGAUACUCCGCUGACAUGAACUCCAUGGCAGGUUCACCGGUGUCCUCAUACUCAUCCGACGAGGGCUCCUACGAUCCUCUCAGCCCGGAGGAGCAGGAGCUGCUGGACUUCACCAACUGGUUCUGAGCGUCUGUAAAAGGAAUAUGGAUCAACUCAACUUUACUGUUGAAGUGCGCUUGGGAUGGUCCCGGAGGAGGCUGGCUGUCCUCAAAAACCAGACGCACCGUAUACGCGUUUUGGCCCCGCGUCCUUAACGCGUGGUCCUCCCAGACUGAGACAGACAGACAGACAGACAGACAGACACGGCCUUAACGUCCCUAAAAAACUUGGGGGAAAAUCAGGCCGGAGAUCAGCGCCAAAGGAUUAAAGGAAGACGGGUCUCCUGACAGCGUGGGAAUCCGAGCUUCUGUGCAUCUGCCCAUGAUAAAAACCCUAAAGUGAAUUCAUGCUCUUCAGCAGCACAUUAAAAACAUUAUUUAACACGUCGCUCUUCAACUAUGCUAAAUCCAAUCACACACCACCAACCCUUUGGUAAACCUCUCAGACGUUUUAAUUCAGAAAAAAAAAUGCUUCCAAGUCGCGGAUUUAUUCUAUAAAAUUCUAUAUCAAACGCUUUUUUGAAAUAUAUUAAGAUAUUUUUGUAUGUAAGAGAUUUAUAGAUGUUUUGUACACAUCCUUUUUGUAUAUAUUUUGUCUAUAUAUUGCGAAGUUGCUUCUAUACCUCCUGCCUAUGUAGACGUGUAGUCUAUUAUUCUCUGGCUCUUCUGUUCCUGAGGUUCCCAGACGGAGUUUGACACUCCGACGUUUUUAUCCUAGCACCGAUGUGUCUUAUUUAAUAGCUCAAACCAUGUUAUUGCAUUAUUAUGUCAUGAAGUUCACGAUGAUCAAAAACUUAUGCAGCUAUUGUCCAAACAGAGCGCAAUGGCUACGCAUUGUCUCUCUUUACACUGCCAGCUCUAUAUUGUCUUCACAUAAACAGAUGUUGGAAAAAAAGAAGUCUUAUAACCAUAUUUUCUACACUCUAGUCCAAGAAUAAAAUGAUUUGCUACUGAA